CCAUCUGCUCGAAGUAAUAAUUAUCCGCUCUACUCGAGGUACCUGUAUUUUUUAUUUCCAAACAUUACACGAGAGAUUAUACGGUACACAAGGGAAAAAUUGAAGACGUAGAACACAAUGGCUGCUCAGCAUGCUGCAAGGGAUAUCUUAAUCAAACAUUUAAAAGAUCUGACAAGGCACAGGAUAUCUGCCAGAUGUUGCCAUACAGGCAAGGUGAAUGUUAUCAAUAAAUUACUAAUUGCAAAUCGUGGAGAAAUUGCUUGCCGUGUGAUCCGUACGGCACGCAAACUGGGAAUAAAAACUGUCGCUGUGUAUAGUGAUGCUGAUAAAAACUCAUUGCAUACUACCAUGGCUGAUGAAUCAUAUAACAUUGGGCCAGCAGCAUCACAGUUAAGCUACCUCAAUAAGCAAAAGAUUAUAGAUGUUGCAAAAAUGUUUAAAGCACAGGCUAUUCAUCCAGGAUAUGGAUUUUUGUCUGAGAAUGCAGAGUUUGCUGAUCUUUGUGAAAAGGAGAACAUCAUUUUUGUUGGCCCUCCAUCAUCUGCUAUCACAGACAUGGGAAUCAAAAGUACCUCAAAGGCAAUUAUGUCAGCAGCUGGGGUGCCAAUCAUAAUGGGCUACCAUGGCGAUGAUCAAUCUGAUGAAAGAUUAAAGCAAGAAGCCAGUAGUAUUGGUUACCCAGUGAUGUUAAAAGCAGUCCGGGGUGGUGGUGGUAAGGGUAUGCGUGUUGUACAAAGUGCUGGUGACUUUGAAGAAGCCUUGGCGUCUGCCCGUAGAGAGGCACUCAAGUCAUUUGAUGAUGAUAUUAUGCUGGUGGAGAAGUUUGUUGACAACCCAAGGCAUGUUGAAGUCCAAGUAUUUGGUGACCAUCAUGGAAAUUAUGUUUAUCUGUUUGAGAGAGAUUGCAGUGUUCAAAGAAGACAUCAAAAGAUAAUAGAAGAGGCACCAGCACCUGAUCUACCAGAGGAAGUUCGCCGUGAGAUCGGAGAGGCUGCAGUCCGAGCAGCUAAGGCCGUGAACUAUGUUGGAGCUGGAACUGUUGAAUUUAUUAUGGAUGCAAAACACAAGUUCUAUUUUAUGGAAAUGAAUACGAGACUACAAGUAGAACACCCAGUUACAGAGAUGGUGACAUCUACUGACCUAGUGGAGUGGCAGCUUCAGGUUGCUGCUGGAGCCAAACUUCCUUUGAGCCAACAAGAUAUCAAGUUGAAAGGUCAUGCGUUUGAAGCCAGAAUCUAUGCUGAGGACCCAACAAACAAUUUCUUGCCAGGCGCUGGUCCAUUGUGGCAUCUUGCAACGCCAGUGGCUGAUGAAGAGACUAGGAUUGAGACAGGUGUUAGAGAAGGGGAUGAGGUCAGCACAUUUUAUGAUCCUAUGAUUGCGAAAUUAGUUGUUUGGUCCCAAGACCGGCAGAGUGCACUGGAUAAAUUACAAAGACAUUUAGAAGAGUAUCAUGUUAUAGGUGUGAAAACAAAUAUAAAUUUUUUAUCAACACUUGCAAAUCAUGAAGGAUUUCGGGCAGGUGAUGUCCAUACUGAAUUCAUUAACCAGCAUAAAGAAUCACUGUUUCCAUCUUUGAAGAAAGCAUCAAAUGAAGUAUUAUGCCAGGCUGCAUUAGCCUUAUUACUCAAUGAACAACAGGAGGCUAUUAAACUCUCAACGAUACAAGCAGACCCAUUUUCUCCAUUUGGAUUGGGUAAUGGUGUGCGUAUUAAUGAGCAUCUACAUCGUCAAAUUUAUUUGAAUGACGGGGAAGACCAAGUAAUAAUUCAUGUAACAUACAAACAAAAUGGACACUAUCAAAUAAAGAUUGAUGACCAAUCAUUUGAAGUGUUUGGCAGACUGGAGAAAAAGGGGCGUGUCAGCAUUAUGGAACACAGUAUCAAUAGUCAGAAAAAGGCUGUAAAGGUCGCCCUCUAUAAUAAUGCAAUUCACGUCUUCGCACAGGCUGGAGGAAUUGAAGUUGGUUUACCGAUUCCAGAGUAUCUUGACGAUGCAUCUUCAGGGUCAAUGGGUGACCGUGCACCCAUGCAAGGUGACAUCACUCAUGUGUAUAUACAACCAGGUGCCGUUGUCGAGAAAGGUGACCCUCUACUAGCUUUGGAAUCUAUGAAAAUGGAGUAUAUCAUCAAAGCACCAAGGAAAGGAAUAAUCAAGAAUGUGUUGGUUGCUAAAGGUGACAAUAUUCAGAAAAAUGCAGCUCUUAUUGUCUACGAAGAAGAACAGACCUAAUAUUCUUUUGCAGACAAAGAAAGUUGAUCAGUGGCUAUUCUUAUUGUCUCUAGGUGUACUGAAUGAUGUAAUACUGAAAUGCAGAAUUAGCAAUUCUCGAAUCCAGAGCUACAUUUGAAAUUAGCAUAUUAACAUAUUAAGAUCCUUCUGCAAAGAAAAUGCAUUUUAUUGAAAACAGUCAUCUUUAUUUUUAGCACUUUAUUUACUAUAUAAAUAAAGUAGAAUCCCUCAUUGGGACAACACUAAGGCUCUUCAAGGUGUUAGGCUAAUUCAAUGAAUCAAGUCUCCUCCUAUUGCCUAUUGCCUAUGCUUAUAAAUAUAAUAAUGUGCAUAAUUUAUUUCAUAAUUUAUUUUUUUUAAAUAUAUAUACAGUAUAUUCAUCGAAAUGUUUCUUUCACUUUUACUCUUAUAAUUAUAAGAAGAUAAUAAAGAUUCUUUCUCUUAAUUAUUAGUAUAACUUAUUUGCUGUUCGGCAUUACUUUAGCAAAACAAUAUGUUUAGUCUCAAAGGCAUGUUUUAUAAUCACUAAUGAAGUAUUGGAUUACAAUGUUUUAAAAAGAAGUGUGAUGUAGUACAUUAUAUUUACUCAUUAAACACCAUUCUAUAAAAUAA